AUGGCUAGACAACCAUCACAGUUUCUCCAGACGAACCUGAACCACUGUGCUGGCGCCCAGGAUUUGCUCCUCCAGGUUCUUGCGCAGUGGCAGGUAGAUGUCGCAAUUGUGGCCGAGCCCUACUAUGUCCCCACCCGCACCAACUGGAUAGGAGACAUGCCGGGUUCCAUCGCCAUUUACACUUCCGAAGCCGGCCCACCGCUUGUACAGCGGGACAGGGGCCAAGGAUUUGUUGCGGUGGACUGGGGGGAGUACACGAUCUUCGGCGUUUACUUCUCCCCCAAUAAAAACCUCGCCGAAUUCGAGGACUUCCUGGGAGAAUUGCAGGCGGCAGCUUUGAGAGCGGCUCCUAGGCCCGUUCUUGUCGCCGGCGAUUUUAACGCCAAGCAUUCCGCCUGGGGGUCUCGCGUGACUGACGCCCGUGGUGACGCCGUGUUGGAGUGGGCCAUCAUGACUGGUCUCUCGCUUUUAAACCGCGGGAACGCACCUACCUGCGUCCGGCAUCAGGGGAGCUCAAUCGUCGAUCUCUCCUUUGCCAGUCCCGCGGUUGGAGAUCUGGUCCAUGACUGGAGAGUAGUUGGGGAUGUCUAG